UAAUCACAACACUAUAAUCUCAACAAUAUAACAUAAUGCCUUGUUGUGUAACUACAAUCUGGUGUUCACAGAUAUUUAUUCAAAAGUGAGUUGGUUGUCUGUGCUGUGCCUUGAAUUACUUGCCAUGGGUCAACAAAUUACAGCAUUUUCAAUGGUUCACGAGUUUGUGUUGCAAAGGUUAUACCCAGAUAAUGUUACCAAACCAGUAUGAAGUCAACAAAAUAAUUUUUGUAAAUUUUGUGACAGUGAACUUUAGAAGGUGAUUAUAAUGAGGUGGCAAUACCUGCAGUGUGUUUAUAGUUUAUAUUUAACAUGGUGCUGAUAAAUGUAUUGUGUUGUGUUGUAAUUUAUAGUUGUGUUGCCACUGUCUUAGUGUCAACAAGUCUUUACGAUUUUCGUCAUUCACCUUAUUUUAUUGACAAAACACUAUUCAUCAAAUCAGUUCUUAACACUACACAACCAUUUUUUAUAGCUGCACCAGAUGGUUUUGGAAAGACUACAAAUUUACACAUGGCGUUGAGUUUUCUCUCGUCAGACAUAAACAGUACUUACAUUGAAUCUAUUUUCCACAACACUAAAAUUUCAGAAGACAAAAACUUUACAAAAGAUGAACUGGGAAAUUAUGCAGUCAUUUACUGCUCUUUGAAACAGAACAUGCCGGUGUUUGAUUACCCUUCAUUAAUGAAUGUUUUUCGGUUGAUUCUGUAUCAGACUUUUGCAAUGCACCCUUAUCUACCUACUAGCAAAAAGAUAUCAACAAAUGACAAGAAGAAACUAAGUUGGUUUGUCGGUAUUAAAAAACACUUGCGCUUGAAACCAUCACGAGUUUUUGCUGGGUUGCAGUUCUUGGCAAAGCUACUCAAAGAUUAUCAUGGAAAAGAAGUCAUACUUAUGAUUGAUGACUAUGAUAGUAUCAUUUUGGAUAGUAUUUUCACACAUGGGCUGGAUUACGAAAUGGUGUUGGGUUUCCACAAUGCAUUUUUUAGUGCAGUGCUGCAUGACAACAAGAACAUAAACAAAACAAUUUUAGUAGGAACUACUUGCACUUGUUUUCAACCGUUGAAGCAACUGCAACACCUUAAGUGUUUUAGUUUCUUGAGGAACAAAGAAUUUGCCCCAUAUUUUGGGAUAACAGAAAAAGAGAUUGAUGACAUUUUACUUAAAAAUGAUUUCAAGUAUGUUCGUAAUCGAAAGGAAGACAUUAAACGCUGGUACGGGGGCUACAAGAGUCCUGACUUGAAGACAGAAGUGUACAACACACGAACUACUUUGCACUUUUUGAAAUAUGGAGAGCUGAAAAACUAUUGGGCCAACACUAGAGUGAUAAGGACUUUAAAACUUCUUCUGAUAGAACCUGCAGUAGAAAUCCUCUUGAACAAUUCAAUGCAAUAUAAACCCUUAGAGAUUAAUGUUGCUGACAAAAUAGAACUCAGGCACAUCAAAGGGUUAAGGCAUUUUACUGAUUAUGAGUUGUGGGAUGAAGAAUUCAGUGACUUACUAAUGAAUUUGCUGAUGGAAAAGGGAUAUUUUACUUAUGCCAAAGAAUGGACGGGUAAUGAAGACAAGUUAAAUAUCACAAUACCUAAUGAAGAGAUUCGAAAUGUUAUCAAGAAAGUGAUCACCUCAUUCCUCGAGGAUCCUAAGGAGCUUUUGGACCGACUGAAGGCGACAGUGCAUGAGUUGUGCUUUGAUGAGAACAAGGAGGAAGAUUACACAAUAUUGAGUGAACCAAUACUCCAUGAAGCGCAGCAAGUGGGUAAAAAGAUGGACAAGCAUAAGAAUGAAUGAGAAUAUGUGUAAAUAUUUGACUUGAUACUACUGAUUUUGUUUUAACACGCUUUUAAUAGGUAAGCUUUUAUACAAUUUUGUACUAAUACUUAAAAACUAUUUACAAUAUGGGCUUGGUAUGUACAUAUUAUAUAAACUUCAAUCUCAUUCAAUAUAUAUUUUAAAUUUCUACUGUAUGCUCAUAUAUUCAAUAAUACUACAUCGGUCAAUAAAUAUCACAUGUUUUAACCAUAAAAAUUUCAAACUUUAAAUCCCCAAAUGAUUUUAGUUCUAAGCUUUAAACUUAUAAGCUUUGUUGGUUUUAAUGACAGGAUAAUUUACCGAGCUGAGUGUGAUGUAUGAUUAAACCUUAACAGUGCCAAACUUGAGUUGCAAUACUAGUCAUAAGUGCUAAGGGUGUUUUUACAGGAGUUACCUAAAAACGCCAUACCAUUUUUAGGAAUUUUUAUACAGUAAUUAAAUAUCCCUUUCAGCUCAGUCGGUAGAAAGGUAGAUUUUACCUGUGGCUGCAUCU